AUGGGGCUUAGUACAGGAAGUGAAUUAAACAUCCUGAACCAUACUCUCGAUGCUCACCUUAUGGCAGCCCUCCACCGCAAACCUGGGAAAGAUAUGGUAGUGGAGAAGAACACAUAUGGUGCAUUCAGGAAGAGUGGGUUGGAAGAGAAGCCGGUGGAGAUGGGAAUUAAGGAAGUGAUAGUGACGGGUGUGAUGACCAACCUGUGCUGGGAGACCAAUGCGCGAGAAGCAUCUGUUAGAGGCUUCAGAGUGUUCUUCUCCACAGAUGUCACUACCACCUCAGAUGAGGAACUUCAUGAUGCCACUCUCCAGACCAUGGCUUAUGGUUUUGCUUACAUAGCUUAUGCUCAACUUAUGGCAGCCCUCCACCGCAAAUGAAAUGCGGAGAGGCUGGGCGGUGUUGGCGGGAGGAGG